GUGUGUUUAUUCAAAAUUCUUCAAUCUAAUCGAGUAUAAUACUAAGAACGUCAGCUAUUGUCGCAAAAUAAAUCGCGACUCGUCUGUUUCUAUUAUAGAUAUUCGUAGAACUUUCCUAAAAAACAAACAGCGCUAAUAAAAAAAAAAAAUACUUGUGACAUCAUAAUGUUUAGGAUUGAAAUUUCUCGUUGGAAUACAUCACAUCAUCUUCUCGGUUGUCUUCGACAGACAUCAAAUAGCAAAUUAGUUUGAUAAACGUUAGAAAAGUGAUAAACUUGUCUUGAGAAAAUGAUUUCCUGGACAAUAACGACACAUUACAGUAUUGUAUUACUGAUUCCGUUGGUUACUGUUUUCGUUUGUAGUGUAACCACAGAAAUUGGUGUAACUGACGUUACACAGGGCCCCGAAAGGAAGGAAAUCGUAUUUAACGGCAAAAUGGUUACUUUACCAAACACGUUGGUCGUGACAAAUCGGGACGAACAUCAAAUGGCCGUCAAGAACAGAGACGUGAGACAGACCGUUGGAAGCGACAUGAAGUGCUCAUCAGUCUCUGAACAGAUGUUAAACGGUCGGCCGACUUCAAGACCUUGUCCGUCUACGGUAGUACGGGUAGCUGCCUCAGGAGUAGGUAGCGAGGCCGCUGAAACUGUCCGGUCGUAUCAACGUUACCGCGAAGAACCAGAUAGGGAAUAUAUACGUGAGAGACCUUAUUUGUACAGAGAACAGCCUGUGGUCGUACGGGAAAAACCAGUCGUUUAUAGAGAACAGCCGGUGGUAGUGCGUGAGAGACCGAUUUGGUUUCGCGAAAGACAAGCAGCACCGUCGAUGCUGUAUGAAAAGCCAACUCCGUACGUUCAGCAGCGUAAAGGUUUAAUGGUGAAACCACAACAGUACUUAUAUGGUGAUGACAUAGAGGACGAUCGGAUAUUCAACUCCAGGGGAUUACCUUUUCGAUUCGUCUUGUCUUGUCAUACUCAAAAAAUUAUGCCAAAAGAACAGGACGAUAUAGAAAUGUUAACGAUGAACGAAGUACGAGAGGUGCUGCACAGAGUCUUUUCUGAGGGAAUUAAAGCUGGCGAAGCGGCAGCAGAAGUCAAAGAUCCACCGCCUGUCAUAAUGAAAGCUUAAAUACAAGUUUCAAUAAAUUCAAAACAAUUUUCGGAAUUUGCCCAUCAACAUACUUGCACCGUUGUCUGGAUUAUACUCUUCUAUCAGCAUAAAAAAUUUAUACAUUUUAAAUAGCCACUAAUAAUUAUUAUAUAACAGGUAUUUGUUAAUUCAAAACAUAUGUAAUUUGUAUCUCAGUUGUACAACAUUAUUAUAUAUGUAUAAAUAUAAUGAUGAUGUAUAUAAUAA